AUGGCUCCUAUUCGAGUUGGAUUGGUUGGUUUGACCACUGUCACUGUCAAUCCCUCUGGUGAAGGCUAUACACCCGGAAGUUGGGGUCUCGCUCAUCUUGCAUGUCUUGCUGGUUCUCCACACUACGAAAUCGUUGCCCUAUGCAACUCUACGGUCGAAAAGGCGCAGAAGUCAAUAGAGCACAACAAACUUGACCCUGCAACUAAAGCAUAUGGCUCAGUAGAUGAAAUGGCCCAGGAUCCGGAUGUGGACCUCGUCGUCGUUUCUGUCCACGUUGACAAGCACUAUGCUCUCGCGAAAUCUGCUCUCAAGAAUAAAAAGAAUGUCUACGUGGAGUUUCCCCUGACAAAAUCCUACAAGGAGGCAGAGGAUCUAGCCGAGCUUGCCAAACAAGCAGGCGUUAAGACUGUGAUUGGAGCUCAAGCUCGUGCCAAUCUUGCACUCAAGAAAAUCAAGGAGUUGGUCAAGUCCAAAGCCAUUGGAGACGUUCUUAGCACCAGCUGGACGGGCUUUAUGGGCAUUUCGACAUGGUCAGGUCUGCCAGAAAGUUUAAAAGACUUUGCAGACCUAGAGGGGGGACCAGGUCGGAUAAACAUUGGCCUAGGACAUGGGUUGGACCCCUUCUUGGAUACACUUGGCGAGUUCAAAGAUGUCCAAGCCACUUUCAAAACCUAUCAAAAGACCGUCCCAUUGUUUGAUGCUACUGGGACCGUCGUUGAUCCCGCGUACAAAGUCACUGCGCCUGAAUUCAUUUUCGUCCAGGGUGUGUUAGAAAGUGGAGCCGUAGCAUCAAUCAAUGUGCGCAGUAUCCCAGCUUCUGCCGACGAGGCCGGGUUCAGAUGGAUCAUUAGUGGCUCAGAAGGCGAGAUCGUAUUCUCCAGCCCAGCUGGCGGUUAUGUCCAAGGUCCUAUGCCAGAUGCCAAGGUACUUCUCAAAAAGUGGAAUGGUGAGACGGAAGAGGUCAAUUGGAAGUACAAUGAGCCGGCUCAUGUCACUGGUGUUUUCGACUUUGCCAUCAACACAGCCCGGCUAUAUGAGGCAUUUGCAACUGGUGACGAGGACGGUUAUGCUUCGAUUGAGGCCGCACGGAAAGUUCACCACCUCAUUGAUCGGGUCAAGAAGGUCGCCAUAUGGGCACCUUAA